AGAUAUAUGAAGAUACAUACCCGGGGAGACGAGGAGAGAGAGAAAGAAAGAGACGAAGGAAGGAAGGAAGUUGGAGAGAAGUCGCCUUCCUUCCUCUCAUAGUCUCAUUGCUUCAAUACUCCAUCUCUAUGCAACCCCACAACUUCUUCAUCCAAUACAUCCAUUACAUACACUGAUACAUCAUAAAUAUAUUCCCAUUUUAUAAUCUGCCCAAACCUAUCUGUAUAAAAUCCUUCCAAGAACAACUUUCUUUUCUUGUAUUAACUUAAUGCCACUUUCCUUCAUCUUCCUUCCAUGUGUUCUGUUAGCUUAUAUAUAUGUAACUCCAAACCUCAACAACAACACCCCCACAACACACGCACACUUGCCCAUUCACCCACCUCCAUCUUCGUCCCCCCUCUCCUCAUAUACCUUCUGUACAUACAUGUAACAAUUUCACACCAGAAUCACAACAAGGAGAUUCAUACAUCUAAGAAAACCAGAAAGGGGGAAGAAAAGAAAGUUCGAAACUUUGACAGAAAUGCCAGGGCUAGCCAUCAUGGGUGGUUCAGAAGAAGUACCAAAUGGUGGCCACAGCAGCAACAACAACAACAAUGGCGACUUCUCUCCAAACAAGUCAAUUCUCGGCUUCAGCCAGCAGCAGAAGUCGCCAAGGAGCACGUUGAGCCAACGCAGCAGCGACUCUAUUGACCUAGCCAUGGACGGGGUGAUCGACACUUCAAUAGAGCAGCUGUAUCACAAUGUCUGCGAGAUGCAGUGCUCUGACCCUUCCCCUUCAAGAGGGAGCUUCUUGUCCUAUGGCGAAGAAUCGAGGAUCGAUUCAGAACUCUGCCACCUCAUCGGGAUUCCAAACAUGAAGGAGAUCACAAAAGAGGUUUUUGUUGUGGCAGAGAACAACACAGAAGAAGAACAAGAACAAGAAGAGAUCAUCAGAGAAGUCAACAGCGCGGCCAUUGACCAGAAUGCCAAUUCAGGGAAGGAGAGAAGAGUCUAUAAUCAGCAAACAGAAUCUUCUAGGAAGAAGAGAGCUUCCCCUAGAAGGCCUCUUCCAAAUGGAACUAGUCCUUUUCGCAGCCCAAGGAGACUUGCUUCAUCUGUUGCUGAAACUGUUGCAGCUAAUAAUGGGCCUUUGUUGCUCAAACAAGCAAGAGACAUGAUUUCCUCAGGCGAGAACCCGAGGCGGGCUCUCGUGUAUGCCCUGAAAGCAGCAAAGGCAUUCGAACCAUCAUCAAACGAGACACCAAAUUUGGAACAUGUCAUGUCGCUCCACGUUCUAGCAGCCAUCCACUGCAGCUUGGGGAACUACAACGAGGCAAUCCCGGUUCUAGAGAAGUCAAUCCAAAUCCCGGCCAUCUAUUUGGGCCUGGACCACGCUCUGGCCAAGUUCGCCGGCUGCAUGCAGUUGGGUGACACCUACGCAAUGCUGGGCCAGGUAGAGAACUCGAUCCUCUGCUACACUGCUGGAUUGGAGAUUCAGAAGCAAUCCUUGGGGGACAAGGAUCCACGUGUCGGUGAGACGUGUAGGUAUCUCGCCGAGGCUCACGUUCAAGCAUUGCAGUUCGAUGAGGCUGCCAACGUAUGCCAGAUGGCGCUCGACAUUCACAGAGGGCCAGAGGAGGAAGCAGCGGAUAGGAAGUUGAUGGGGCUGAUCUGCGAGGCGAGGGGAGAUUAUGAAUCUGCCCUCGAGCAUUAUGUUUUAGCAAGCAUGUCUAUGGCUGCGAAUGGACGGGAAGUGGAAGUAGCUUCAGUGGAUUGCAGCAUUGGUGACGCGUACUUGUCGCUGUCGCGCUACGACGAGGCUGUGUUCGCAUAUCAGAAGGCGCUCGCCACGUUCAAAUCGAAGAAAGGAGAGAGCAGCACCUCAGUGGCAUCCGUUCUGGUGAAGCUGGGUAACUUGUACAACAAGAUAGGUAAGUUUAAGGAGUCGAAGACUCAAUGUCAGAAUGCUCUCAAGAUUUACGAGAGUAGGCCUAACUCCCAUCAAGUGGAGGAGGUGGCGAGUGGUUUCAUCGACAUUGCAGCCAUUUACCAGUCGAUGGACGAGCUUGAUCAGGCAAUUAGGCUGCUCAGAAAGGCACUGAAGGUGUAUGGAGAUGAUGUGCCGGGACAGCAGAGUACUGUGGCUGGGAUCGAAGCUCAGAUUGGUGUUAUGCAUUACAUGAUGGGGGAGUUCUCUGAGUCGUAUAACUCGUUCAAAAGCGCCGUUUCGAAGAUGAGGGCAAGCGGGGAGAAGAAGUCUGCCAUGUUUGGGAUUGCUUUGAACCAGAUGGGGUUGGCUUGCGUACAACGUUAUGCGAUCAACGAGGCAGCUGAGCUGUUCGAGGAGGCGAGGGGAGUUUUGGAGAAGGAGUAUGGUGCUUAUCAUGCUGACACUUUGGCUGUCUACAGCAAUCUGGCUGGAACUUAUGAUGCUAUGGGAAGGUUGGAUGAUGCAAUUGAGAUUCUAGACCAAGUUGUUAGAAUGAGGGAGCAGAAGCUUGGAACAGCUAAUCCAGAAGUGGUGGACGAGAAGCGACGGCUGGCUGAGCUGCUGAAGGAAGCAGGAAGGGCAAGGAAUAGGAAGUCAAUAGCUCUGUUAAGCUUCCUUGACACUGAAGUUCAGAGUAAGAAGAAUGAAGGCAUUGAGGUAGCUUAAAAGAAAAAUGUAUGGAGAAAUGUGUAUAUAUGUAUACAAAUACAAAAUGGUUCCUGUUAUGUGUAACAUAUUUUCUUUGUAAAGAGAGAGAAAGAGGCUAAUUGGUAAUUACAGACUUGGUUCUAGUGCUGUUUGGUGGUGUGCUGAUUUUUGGCCCAUUGGUUAAUUUUAAUUCUUUUGUUGAAUAAAGGAUGAAGCAUUUAUUAAUGUUGGGAGAUCAUUUUCAGUUUGAUGGUGAACACCAAACUGCAGCCAUUACAGCUGAAUUUUAGUUGAUACUUGAAGCUUUCU